CUGAUAUCAAGAAAGCUCCAAUUUAAUUCAAUAUUAUAAAUAGAUUAGAUUUUUCAAUUAAUGCUAUGGGAAUCAAUACAGUUGCUGCUUAGACAUAAUAAGGAUUAUAUUUGCUUAAGUAAAAGUACAUAUAACAUUGAAGUAAAAAAACAAGAAUCAAAGUAAGUUUUUUUGUUAUAAUAUAGAUGGAAGCAAAGAAUAUGUUAAAUAGCAUCCACAUCUAAUAAAUGUCUUUCGGAUUCUAAAAUAUAGAUUUUUAUUUACAAAUUCUUAUUAUUUUAAGUCAAUAUGCACGGAAACGACAUAGAAAACAAUAUGA